AUGGCCAAUGUCACCACCGGUACCGGGGGUGACUCCCUCGAUCAAAAUCUAAAUGUCUUCUACCAAUCCGGCGACAUUGCCUGGGUCAUGAUGUCCACCGCAUUGGUAUUGCUGAUGAUCCCGGGUGUCGGUUUCUUUUAUUCCGGCCUCGCUCGACGAAAGUCCGCUCUGUCUCUACUAUGGCUAUCCGUCAUGUCGGUGGCAGUUGUCACAUUCCAAUGGUUUUUGUGGGGUUACAGCUUGACCUUCUCUCACCAUGCGGGGAGGUUCAUUGGAACGCUGCAUAACGUUGGGUUCAACGACGUGUUGGGUGCACCUUCGGUGGCCAGCGACAGGGUGCCAGAUCUGCUGUUUGCUGUUUAUCAGGGCAUGUUCGCCGCCAUCACGGUUGCCCUCGCCAUCGGCGCCGUCGCAGAGCGCGGUAAAAUUUUGCCCUGCAUCGUCUACAUGUUCAUCUGGACUACCCUAAUCUACGACCCGAUUGCGUGUUGGACGUGGAACCCCUCUGGCUGGGUCUACAGAAUGGGUGGUCUAGACUUCGCCGGAGGUACCCCAGUACACAUUGCCUCCGGUUCCGCCGCCCUUGCCUACUCGUACAUGCUCGGCAAGCGCCGCGGCCACGGAACUCAGGAGCUUAAUUACCGCCCACACAACGUUACACAUAUCGUCAUCGGAACCGUGUUCCUGUGGGUCGGCUGGUUCGGCUUCAAUGCGGGUUCUGCACUCAGCGCAAGCUUGAGGGCAGUCAUGGCUGCGGUUGUCACCAACUUAGCCGCGUGUGUUGGCGGUAUUACCUGGUGCUUAGUCGACUACCGUCUUGAGCGCAAAUGGUCCACCGUCGGUUUCUGCUCUGGUGUCAUUGCUGGCUUAGUAGCCAUCACUCCUGGCUCAGGGUACGUCCCUGCCUGGGCUGCCGUUAUCUUCGGCGUCACCGCUGGCAUUGGCUGCAACUAUGCCACGAAGAUCAAAUACUUCCUACGCUGCGACGACGCUCUUGAUAUCUUUGCGGUCCAUGCUGUCGGUGGGUUCAUCGGCAACAUCCUGACAGCUUUCUUCGCUGCACCAUACAUCGCUCACCUUGAUGGCUUCAGCACCAUCGAGGGCGGCUGGAUCGUCCAUCAUUGGAUCCAAAUCGCCUACCAGCUUGCCGACUCCGUCGCUGGCGGAGGCUAUUCUUUUGUCGGCACCUGCAUCAUCCUUGGUGCCCUCGAUUUCAUCGGGCGCUUCAUUCCCGUACUUCGUCUACGUGCUAGCGAUGAGGAAGAGAUCAUGGGCAUUGACGAUGCGGAGAUUGGCGAGUUUGCCUACGACUACGUCGAAAUCGCCCGCGAGGUCAAGUCGCCCGACGACGAUGACGACCUGGAGUCACAACAUUCCACCAUACCCCACGACUUCUCAUCCGUAUCUGACCCACGAGAAAAGCAACACAGCGCGGAGAUACCGCUGACCCGCUAG